GGGGAAAAAACCGCAAACCGAAGCAGCGAGGCGACCGUGAUUUAUGAUCGGGACUCCACCGUUGAAUCUCACGACGGAGUCCAUUGCAUCUUCUCCGCUGAGUUUUCCAAUGGACGGCUAGGGUUUCGUAUUUCUCCCACCUACAUUGUAAAUAUUGUAUUGUUAUACCUGUCGAUAAAUUGGAUAUGUCGUUUGCCAUUUCAAAAUUCAUCGGUUUCUUCCAAAUUUGUGGACUUAGGUUUGCUCUUCUGGAAGUUCUUUCGACAAUGUAGUUGAUUACUGGACAAUUUUUCAUCAGGUAUCUACCGAAAUAUUUUUUGUUCUUUUGCGUCAAAUUUGGUCUCCUCGACUACUUAACUGCAUGUGACAAUUCUCGAUUCUCUUGCGUUGAAGAUUUUGACAAUGCACAGAGAUUUAAGCGAAUCUUGCAAUUGUAACUUUUCAGAAAAGAAAUAUUGCUUGGAAUCCUACUGAUUUUCCGUCCGAAGAACUUGAAACUUGAAAUUGGACGAUUUGGCCCUUGAGAUGAGUGCUACUUAUCGUUUUAACGAAAUUACUCCUCCGGUCCCAGAGGCUCGUGGCGAUUCGUCGGCAUUGCCUCCUCCACAUUCGGAUAGUGGACUCCAACAGCGUACUAUGCCUUCAAAAUCUCGGAUUCCACCAUCAAACAAUCGGAACAUUGGGUAUGACCAUGAGUUGGGGUGUAUGUCUACACCUGCUUUGAAUGAUACUCAUAGAAGGUUACCUUCCUUGCGAGGAAUUGAAUUUCAUGAAGGUCAAUUGUCAGGGCGUUCGAAUGAAAUGAAAGCAUGCAGACAGUUCCAACGCCGGAGGAAAUGUGCAUAUGGGGAUCAGUGUCGUUACCUUCAUGAAAUUCCUGAGAAAACUAGAGAUUUUGGGUCCACCACCCAGAAUUACGAGGUUAGAAUAGUAGAUUCUGGUCAUGUUAUGAAUCGAAGACGUGGGUUGGAUCAAUUGGAAGAAGUCAGAUCAAAAGUACAAACAGAGAUUGUUGUCCGCGGUGAGAUUCCAAAGCCUGUAAGAUGCAAAACAAGGCUCUGUUACCCCUUGCAGAAGACUGGUAGCUGCCCAUAUGGGGCGGUUUGUCGCAUUGCCCAUGAAGAAGCAGAACUACAAAAGCUUGGGCCCUUCAUUGCUGCAUCACAACGUGGGAGCGUAUCUGAUGCCUCUGCAACAACUUCUGCCGCUACCCAAGUUGAAAUUGGAAUCGUCUGUAAGAACGAAGAGCCAAGAAUGAAGCAAUUCUUUAAAUCAAAGAAGUCUAAGAGGUUGAUUGCCAUUUAUGCGGACUGGCUCGAAGAUUGAGUUACCCACAACAAAGAUUUCACCAAAUACCGAGGCUUUUAAAUGAAGGAAAACAAAGAAUUGUGAGUGUGCCAUUCCCGUGAAACCUUGAGGAUUCAUCUGCGUUUGGACUUCUUCUUCCAUGAAGGGUUGCCUUGAGC